GCCACCACUGAGGGUACCAGCAUACCCAUGGCUGCUACCCUGUCGGCCGUUUCUGCUCCCGUUUUACUUUUUGGGUCUGGGCUCGGUCCCAACACCGAGCAUGGUCAGCCCCUGUCCCUUCCGCUGGACCAAGGGUCACCUUCCCACCAAGCAUGACUCAGUUCAGGAACGAUCCGACCAACCUGCAGGCCAUCCAGGGCUUUGGCCAAGUCAUGGCCAUGUGUCAACAAAAUGGGGGGAUGCCUUUUCUCCCUGGUAUGUUCCCGUUUGCCCUUCCAGGCGCGGGAACGAUGCCCCUUCAAACUCCGAUCGCAGUGACACCGUUUCAGACGCCGGUGCCGCAGCCCUCACCUUUCCAGCCGCAGCUGGUCAGCACCAUGGCACCGGUCAACUUGACUGUGGAAAACGGAGACGACGAGUGGGACAUUCCAAGGGCCCACAAGAAAAAGAAGGGAAAAACUAUCCGCAAAGCAACUUCCCGAAACUCCGCCUUCAAAAGGCUGGGGGAAAGGGAAGAAGGCCAGAGAAAGUCGGCCCAGCUGAGGUUGGGGCAAAGUGUUGCCUAUGUCAGCGCGUUUGCCCGCUGGGCGAGGGGAGGGAGGCCGAGCCUGCCCGUACCCAGAUCUCUCGGUCUAACCGGCAGGAGCCUACAAGGACGAGGGCCUCCCGUCAUGAAGAGGAAGCAGAGAGUCAACCUAGGGUACCGGUGGCUAACCGGUUGACUGUCCCGAAUGACCGCGUCCAACAGAUGGAAGCAAAACUGGAGAGGCUGGAGAAGAAGGUUGGAGAGAAGAAUGACCGGGAAAAACCCCUCGCGGGGUCCCCGUUCACUACAAGGGUCCAUCUGACACCUUUCCCGCGAAAGGUCAAGAUAGACGCCCCAAGAUUCACCGGUAAGGAAGAUCCAGAAAUACAUCUGGAUUCUUUCAAUCAAAGUGGAACCAUGAAUGGUUGUACAGACGAAGAAAAGUGCCUCCUUUUCUUCCAGACUUUGCGAAAUCGAGAUACUGAAUGGUUCAACAAGCUUUGCCCAGGAAGCAUCGACUCAUUCAGUGACUUGGCCUCGAAAUUCAAGGCCAAGUUCCAUGAGAACUGUACUAAGAGGAAGAAAUUCACCUAUCUUAGUACAGCCGGGCAGAGGGAAUCUGAGAACCUCACUCAAUUCCUUACCCGGUGGAAGGAGGAGGUAGACAAGGUUGAGGAGAUGGACGACAAGACAGUGUUGUCCCUUCUCCUGAAUGGCUUGCGUGCUGGGGAACUAUACAAGGAGUUCUGUCGGAAACCCCCGGCCACGUAUCAAGAGGCCUACCACACUGCCUGGGAGUUUGCUGAGGCUGAAACUCAACAUCAGGCGAAGAAGGAAGCUGAGCAUGGCUACAAGCCCAAGCCGGUGCAAGUCAAGAAGGAAGAAGCGCCGGGAUCCAGCCGGCGAAGGCACCACUAUGACCCGGUCGUCCGCGUGGUCAGCACAGAAGAGUGCCAAGAGGUAAGAAAAGCACCGGUCAUUCCUCCGGAAAAUCCUACCGGUCAAACAGGACGGCAGUGGUCGGGCACCUAUUGUUCGUACCACAGCGGACCUGAAGGCGGAGAUUCAGCCGCGCAGCGGAAAAAUUGGGUUUGCAGCAUUUACGUCGGUGAAGUAAGUGCUGAACCGGCCAGGCGUAAGCAUACCAGGAGGGAGCCAAUAGUUUUCACUGACCGAGAUCUCCCUCCUACCGGUGAAGAUCACAAUGAUCCAUUGGUCAUCACCAUGGACAUCAAUGGGGUGGACGUCGCCCGGGUACUUGUUGACACCGGCAGCAGUGUCAACAUCCUUUACCUGGAGACCUUCCAGAAACUCAGGUUGUGUCGGACACAACUUGAACCCCUCAAAACCCCUCUCUCAGGAUUCACGGGAGACACGGUGGAAGCUGAAGGGUCCAUAGUUCUACCGGUCGAACUAGGAUCAGGCGAGAAGACCGUAUGGAAGAAGAUGCGGUUCAUCGUUGUGGACAUUAAAUGCAUCCACAAUGCAAUCCUUGGAAGUCCUGGCAUCAACAAGGAAAUCACCAAGGGAGAGACCCGGGAGAAAUUGGAGCCUGAAGCAGAAACAGUGGAGAUCGAACUUCACCCGGGUGAUUCAUCAAGGAUGGUCAGAAUUGGAGCGAACCUCCCAGAAGAUCUCAAGGAAGAGAUUACAUGGGUCCUCCAAGAGUAUGCGGGCAUAUUUGCAUGGAGCGUGGCAGAUAUGCCCGGAAUUGACCGCUCAAUCAUCUGCCACCGGCUGGCAGUGAGAGAUGGAAGUCAACCGGUACGCCAGAAGAAGAGGUACCUGGCCAGUGAUCGGCGAGACUUCGUCAAGAAGGAGGUGAAGGACCUCCUUAGUGUUGCAAUCAAGGGACAGGCCCUUGCAGAUUUCCUGGUAGAAAUGACCGGUAUAACUCCUGACCUACCGGUCAACAAGCCCACCGAGCAAUGGUGGGAGAUGGCAGUUGAUGGGGCGUCUGGUCCUAGAGGAUACGGGGGUGAUAUCGUGUUUACCACCCCAGAAGGGUUCAAGAUCUACCAUGCAAUAGUCUUCAACUUCAAGCUGACGAACAAUGAAUCAGAGUAUGAGGCUCUAGCUGGAGGGCUCAGACUUGCCCAAGCCUUUAAAAUCAGCCGGGUUAGUAUCAAAUCUGACUCGAGUUUGAUUGUGGGGCAAGUGACCGGCAAUAUGGAGGCUAGGGAAGGACGAAUGGCUCAAUACAAGGAUGUAGUGCUUGCCUUGUUGAAGGGGUUCGAGGAAUUCAAAAUCGCCCAAAUUCCCCGGGCAGAGAACGCGGAUGCAGACCUUCUAUCCAAGUUAACGCAGUAUGCUCCUGAGCAUGUUUCAAAACUUGCCUGGGUAGAAAUCCUGGACCGUUCCAGCAUCGAGAAAUUGGAAGUUGUCGGCAUAACAGCAACAGCCCAAUCUGACCGGUCAAACUUGGUCAGGGCGGACGACCACUGGAUGUACGAUCUGAUGGAAUACUUGAUGGACGGGACCUUGCCGGAGCAAGAAUACCGGGCAAGAAAAGUGAAGCUCAGGGCAUCCCGGUUCCAAGUCCUUGAUGGAAAGCUGUACAAGAGGGCGUUCGGGGGACCCCUCCUGAGGUGCCUAACCAACUGGGAGGCUGAGCGAGUCAUAACGGAAGUCCAUGAAGGUGUAUGCGCGGCACACCAAAUGUCGCGAACCCUCUCACAACGAAUCAUCUUGCUGGGGUAUUACUGGCCGACAAUUGUCUAGGACUGUGAGAG